GGGCCAUACGAGAAGGAAAAAAAAAAUCCGCGACCCAUCGGAGCAAAAACCACACCGGCACCGGCACCGCGCGAACGGCCGCGGCUCGCGCCACGCCGACGCUCUCCCGCCACAACCGCGGGAUUCCCCCCCCCCCCCCCCCCCACCGAACUUACCUAAGCGUCGCCUCUCGUCUUUUUUCCCGUGCAACGUUGCAAGUGAAAUCAUCAAUCGUGCGUGCGCUGCGCCCGACCAUGGAGCUCGCGGUCAGAGCAGCCGCCGCGGCCUCCUGCUCCUCCGGCGCCUCGCUCCAGCUCCCGCGGGCCCGAGCCCCGCUCCGCCUCCUUGGCCACCGCCGCCUCCCCGCUCGCCGGGUGGCUGUCGAGGCCGCCGCGAUCGCCGUCGAGCCGGAAAACAAAGUACCGCAGAGUAACAAUUCAGAAGCCGAGGUGUUUGCAUGCCCUGUUUGCUAUGAGCCAUUGAUAAGGAAAGGCCCAUCGGGCAUAAACUUGCCAUCAAUUUAUAGGUCUGGGUUCAAAUGUUCAAAGUGCAACAAGUCAUUCACCAGCAAAGAUAUCUUCUUGGAUCUCACUGUCACUUCUGGAACAAAAGAAUAUAGUGAAUUGAAGCCAGCUAGAACUGAGCUGUUCAGGAGCCCACUCGUCUCAUUUCUUUAUGAAAGAGGGUGGCGUCAAAAUUUCAAUCGAAGUGGAUUCCCUGGACUUGACGAAGAGUUUCAAAUGGCUCAAGAUUAUUUCCAAUCAGUUGCUGGUGGUGUACUUCUUGAUGUAAGCUGUGGCAGUGGCUUGUUCACAAGAAAAUUUGCAAAAUCUGGAUCGUACUCAGCUGUGAUUGCUUUGGACUUCUCCGAGAAUAUGCUUUGCCAGUGUUAUGAAUUUAUUCAGCAAGAUGAUACUCUUGUAAACACAAAUCUUGCUCUUGUAAGGGCAGAUAUUUCGAGACUCCCUUUUGCUUCAUCUUCAAUUGAUGCCAUUCAUGCUGGAGCUGCUAUCCACUGCUGGCCCUCCCCUUCGAAUGCGGUGGCUGAAAUAAGUCGAGUCCUGAGGCCUGGUGGUGUCUUUGUAGCAACAACCUUCUUAUCUUCUCCCAGGAACAAUCCCUUCUCUGUUGAAGCGUUGCGGCCACUGAGACAGAUUGUUGGACCAGUUAACACCAGCUACAAUUACUUCACCGAAGGAGAGCUCGAAGACUUGUGCAAAUCCUGCGGUCUUGUUAAUUACAGCAGCAAGGUCCAGAGGUCGUUCAUCAUGUUUUCUGGGCAGAAGCCGUAGCCUAAAAUUACAUCAAAACCUUUGUAGCCAAAGUAUAGCUGUCAAUUCUACAAAAGUCUUUGUAAAAUGCCAUUCACCGAUACCUGCAUAGAUUAGACCCAGCAGAAGUUUUUGCUUGGAAUUCCUCUCCCUGUUAUGAAGAUAUAGUUGUCACAUGUAUACUGUGCUUCAGUACAGUGAUGUACCACAGCCAGGGUGUAUUUCACACCUGGAAGAAAAAAAAAACGUUCUAGUACUAUUUUCCCAACUUGUAUAGGGCCUCUUUUGGAAUGGAGGAUUUUUUCAGGAAUUGAACUAUAAUUCCUGUGGAAUUCCUAUAAGAUUCCUACGUUCGAAAGGGCCUUAAAUGAUUUAUUUAGGCCCAUAAACUUUCAAU